UUACAGCAGAGACACAAGUUCAGCGUCUCAUGUGUUUGGUUCUGGAGGAGCUGAGAAGACGUGGCCUGGAGCUGGCAGGAUGGACAGGAAGUGCUCCCUGAUCAUCACCAACAUCACCGCUGGAGACGCUGGUCUCUACGAGAGCCGGCUGAGGGACAAGUACAACACCGUUGUGUAUCUCAGUGUUUUAACAAUCUCUCCAUCUCCACUAGAUGUGGAUCCAGGAAGGGAUGGAGACGUGACAUUACGCUGUUCUCUGGUGAGAGACCGUUACUUUGGUCCCUGUAAACAGAACAGCAUCAUCUGGGUGGAUGAGACAGGAAGUGUGCUGCUUGGUGAAGGUGAUGGGUUUGUGUCUGGAGGACAGAACAACUGUGUUUCUGAUCUGAUGGUGAAACAUCAGAGACGCUCCAAGAGAAGAUUCACCUGCCAGGUUGUUGAAGGAGACAGAGUGGAGAUAGAUGCUGAAUACACGCUGGACUUUACAGAUUAUACCGGAUUGAUUAUUGGAUGGGUGGUCAGGGGGCUGAUGGUGGUUCUGGUCAGCAUCGCUACGUUUUUCAUCAUUUACAGGAUGAAAGUUAAAAGGAACAACCCCAUAAAUCAAACAGAUGUUCAGUUACCAAUGCAGCAGUAUGUGAACAGGGAUGAAGAUUAUGAUGAUGUGGUGAACUAUGAAAACGAUAAAGACCUGCCUGCUUCUGUCCGAUCCACAGAUCAAUAAAUCAGCCGUGUGUGAUGGAAACGUUAGCGCUAGCCUGGCUACAGAGCAGCAGACAGAUGUUUGGUCUUUGAAAGUUCAGCUCUGUUUAUGACAA